AUGCGUGUGGAUGGUUUAUGUGCGAAUGCCUCUUCUUUUGCGAGGGACGCUGGUGGGGUGUGUGCGCGGGGUAUGGCGAAUCAGCGGGUUCUAAGCGAGCUACGGGAAAUGUCCAUGCACAACCGGUGUGCGCCAAUGCGGCCGUCGAAGGAGGUGGACCGGCCGGGGCGGGCGGCGGCGGAGAACGUUAUGUACCCCACGGACCCGCCUCAGCCUCUGCAAAAUUGUCCAUGGUGGGCGCCUGAAGGAGGUGGGCGCUGCGUUUUUAUGGGCAGGAGGGCCAAGGCGUUGCGCUGCGCCGUCGCAGGCGGUGGGAGUGGUGCGGCGGCGAAGGUGUUCACGACAGCAGCGGUGGAGACGCGGGCGGCUGAGGGGGACGAGGGAGGGCCCUGCAGUUGUAAAGCAGUGCGCUGCGCUGGCGGGCGCGAUGCCUUUUCUUUGGGGCGUGGCCUCCUCGACGUGUUCACUCUUUUGCGGGACUGCCGCGCCCUCCCCAACCCCGCUGGUCUUCUCUUGCCGUCUUUUCUUUGCGCAUUUGCGGGCACCCACCCGGCCACAGCCACACGAUAUAAAUUGGGGUGUGAAUUUAUAUUUAUUUUGUGCCGGUGGCACCGUGCGGGCUGA